UUAGAUUCCUGCUUUCCCAUUUGCCCUAGAAAUUUUUAUUGCUUGUGUUCUCAUUGAUUGCAAGGGAAAAAAAAAUCAAGAAAUAAAACUAAAAAGAGGGAGGGAGGGGUGUUUUCCAUUAGGUCCCCCUCUACCGCUACCAUUACCAAGCUCCGUUGUUGCUUUCCCCAUUUGACUCCCUUCCAGUUCCCAUAAAACAUUCCUUUCUAUCAAUCCUUUCCAUCUAUGUUUUCUGCCAACCCAUCUUCCCCUUGAUUCCUAUCAAAGAUUUCAUCUUUCCUUCUCUUCGCUCUGUUUCUCGGUCUGGUGUCGAGGAAGGACUCGGGAUCUCAGCGGUCUCUUUCUACUCUUCUCUCUUCUUCCCUUUGAUUUCUUUCAUACUUCCUUUUUCUCUCUGCCAUGGUGUUCUCUUUAGAGCUUUUUCUCGGUUCCUAAAGAGAGUUCAGAUAGUCAAGUGAAGAGCUUUUUGGGUGCUCUGUAUUCCGUUCCGACGUGAUCCUCUUCUUUUGUUUUGCUCGCUUUUUGGGCGGAAACAAUUGGAGGAGAUGACGGUAGAAGAGAGGAAGGGGAGCAUGGGGAGAGAAGGUGCGCCCAAAGACCAGUUUCCGGUCGGCAUGCGGGUUCUGGCCGUAGACGAUGAUCCGACCUGCCUCAAGUUGUUGGAGAUUCUGCUGCGUCGCUGCCAGUAUCAAGUUACGACGACUAAUCAGGCGAUCAUGGCUCUGAAGAUGCUGAGGGAGAACAAAGACAAGUUUGAUCUGGUCAUUAGUGAUGUCCAUAUGCCCGACAUGGAUGGUUUCAAGUUGCUGGAGCUUGUCGGCCUCGAAAUGGACCUCCCGGUCAUCAUGCUAUCUGCGAAUGGCGAGACCAAAACUGUGAUGAAGGGGAUUACACAUGGUGCCUGUGACUAUCUGCUGAAACCUGUUCGGAUCGAAGAACUCAGGAAUAUAUGGCAGCAUGUGGUUAGGAGGAGGAAAUUUGAUCACAGAGAUCACAAUAAUUAUGAUAAUGCGGGUGAUUCCGAGAAGCCCCAGUGCGCAAAUUCUGAAGGCGGGCAGGGUCACAUUCCUAGUGAAUCAUCUGAUUAUGGUGGGAAACUUAACAGAAAGAGGAAGGAGCAGAAUGAGGAUGAGGAAGAUGAUGGUCAGGAAAACAUGCAUGAGAAUGGAGAUUCAUCCACUCAGAAAAAGCCGAGGGUUGUUUGGUCUGUUGAACUGCACCGUAAAUUUGUAGCUGCCGUCAAUCAGUUGGGAAUUGACAAGGCUGUGCCUAAGAGGAUACUUGAUCUUAUGAAUGUUGAAAAUCUCACAAGGGAAAAUGUUGCAAGCCACCUACAGAAGUAUAGGCUUUACCUUAAAAGACUCAGUGCUGUGGCAAGCCAACAAGCUAACAUGGUUGCUGCUUUUGGGGGUAGAGACCACUCCUAUUUACCUAUGGGUCCCUUGGAUGGAUAUGGAAAUUUUCAUACAUUGGCUGCUUCUGGUCAGCUACCAGCACUUUCAUCUUUCCAAGCAAAUGGAGUGCUUAGUGGAACAAACCCAGCUGGAUAUGGACUGCGUGAGUUUGCUGCCUCUAGAAUAGUUCAACCUGGACACUCCCACGGCAACACAAGCAAUCCCAUCAAUGAUCUUGGUAAGCUUCAGCGAAUUAAUCUACCAGGAAGCCAACAUGGGAAUUUGCUCCAGGGGAUGCCCACAACAUUGGAGGUAGACCAAUUGCAGCAACACAAGACUAUGCAGGAUGCAAAUAUACAUUUGUCUGGUGGUUUCUCUGGUACUGGACUGACUACUGGUAGCUCCAGCAACUCCUUUGUUAAUGUAACAAACAAUUCUUUCGUAUCGCAAGCACAUCAGCAGCAUAUGCAGUCAAAAGUGUUAGGCAAUCACUCUUCUGUAGGAAUGCCGUCUGUGACCUCGGACCCUUUCUCAGUGAGUGUUGGUGGUGCUUCCCAUGUGCCUAACCUUGGUAGAUGCAAUGACACCUGGCAGGGUGAUGUUCCAUUAAUUGGGCAUGCAUCCAACUCUUUUCAUCAUGAUGACUUGGCUAAUAUGGGAGCCAAUGUUCCAGUAGGCUUGCACAUAGACAGCAAUCCUCUGAAUAUUUCUUCCAGCAAUGUAGUAGCAGCACCUCUGCAUAAUCCUGUGACCGGAGGAGAUGUACAGUGCCAAGCCAGCUCUUUCGGUGGGAACAUGAUGCUAAUGCCUUCAGCUUUAGAUGGGGACUCAAAAUUCUUGAACUUCGGAAAUGCAGGCAUUUCUAAACAGAAAUUGAAGGAGCCAAAUCGAGAUCAUAUUCGUGAACCUAAUCUUGUAUUUAAUUCUUACUUAAAUUCUCCGUUGUCAGGUAAUCCUAUAAUUGGUCCUAUUGCUGAAAGUCAGAGACUGAACAAUGGCCAUUUUAACAAAAAAUGGGACAUAAGCCAAACAAAUUUUGUUACUCCAGUUCCUACACAGAAAUGCAAGAUUGAUAAUUCAACCACCAAUAUCCAGCUGACCCACAAGGAGGAGUCUAUUUUGGAAACUUCAAAGUCGCAGGGCGGAUUUUAUUCUAGUGGUUGCAGCUUCGACGAUCUAGUCAAUUCCAUGAUAAAGCCGGAGAGGGAUGACAUUGCAUUCAUGGAUAAUGACAUAGGAUGCGACUUCUACCCUCUAGGUGCCUGCAUAUGAAGCCCUUUAUAGGAUCAGAUGCUGGAUUUGAUGAAUGCUAUACUCCGAGCUGACAGUAUUAUUAGCUGACCAGUGACAGUGAAUUGAAGUAACGUCGGUAGCUUUAUUAGUUCUGAAAUCUUGAGGACAAGGAACCUUUACCCAGUGGGACGGAAUUUUACUUCUUGGCAGGUUUUGAAAGGGAAAUAAUGAACUACUGUUAAAACGAGCUUUCCAAAGUAGAAGAGACGACCAGACAUCACUCUUUUAGAGUCAAUUCAAAUGUUAAAUAAACUAAGUGCAUGGAGAGGGAUUGUUCUUUUGAAGCUUUGAGACCAAAAAGAUGUCAAAAACCUGUUCUCUUAAGAGGAGCAUAGCCAAUCUUUAAUUAGGAAUUUUUUUUUAAAUCGAACACUAACUAAUGCCGCCUCUUGCCAAUUAAUCGUAGUUGAGUUGGUUUGGCAGUGUACCAUUAGAUUUUCAUUAUCAUGGUGAAGUAUGAACCAUGCAUUGCAUUGGGUGCAAACGUUGUACAACCAAGGAUGCUUCAAGUGUUACAAUUGCCCACUGCAAAAAAAAAAAAGGGGGAGUGAGCACAAUUGGGCACAA